AAAAGGUAGAUUCACCAGCACUAACAGGGACUGGUAAUCAAUUCAGUGAAAAGCGUCAACACAAAACAAUAACCCAAAGUAUUAGAAAAAUAUAACGCCGAGUUCAAUUAGUUGCAAUUUGAUAUUGAAACAAAAGGGUUGUGUCAGUGGCCUCCUCUCUAGCAAGUGAAAUAGUAAAAGAACGAAAAAAGAAAUCAACAAUAUUAACACUACUUCUACCGUUACAAUGCACGACGAACGCCUAAAGGAAUUUCUGAAACCACUCGUCCUGAGCGAUUCACAAUUACAGGAAGCUUACAAACGGUUUUGUAAUGAGAUACGCAAGGGCUUAUCUGCCAGUGAACACGAACAGGCCGAUACAAAGUGUUAUGUGACGUAUGUGCAGGACCUACCCACAGGAAAUGAAGUGGGCAAAUAUCUGGCAUUGGAUUUGGGUGGUACAAAUUUCCGCGUUCUUUUGGUCACCUUGAAAGGUCACCAUGAAGCUGUUGUGGAGUCCGAGAUAUAUGCUGUGCCCAAGGAUAUUAUGUUAGGUCCUGGCGAAGAAUUGUUCGAUCAUAUUGCUCAAUGUUUGGCAACGUUUGUGGAGGGUCAUAAAGUUGCCAGUGAACAUUUGCCCUUGGGUUUCACCUUUUCAUUUCCCUGCGUUCAACUUGGUCUAACCAAGGCGCUUUUGGUGCGGUGGACCAAAGGCUUUCAGUGUUCGGGCGUUGAACAAGAAGAUGUCGGGCGACUUCUAAAGGAGGCAAUUGCACGACGUGGUGAUUUGGAAAUACAUGUCAUGGCAAUUUUAAAUGAUACAACUGGCACCCUAAUGUCCUGCGCACAUCGGAAUCCUGAAUGUCAUAUAGGUGUAAUUAUUGGAACAGGAUGUAAUGCUUGCUAUGUCGAGAAAGUAGAUCAAGUUGAACUUCUCGAACCCGAAUACAAGGUGAACAACAGAUAUGUUCUAAUCAACACGGAAUGGGGAGCAUUUGGUGACGGCGGCUUGUUGGACUUUAUACGCACAGAUUAUGAUAAAGAAAUUGACAAAAAGUCACUGAAUGCGGGAACACAGAUAUUUGAAAAAAUGAUAUCGGGCAUGUACUUGGGAGAACUUGUACGAUUAAUUUUAUUGGAAGCACUCAAAAGAAAUCUAAUUUUUGUACUAUCUCAGAACAAAUCUGCUUUCAUAACAAAGUUGUCUGGAGAAUGUGAAUGCUUUGAGACUAGCAUGAUCUCGGAAAUUGAGGCCGAUGUAUUUCCAGAGUUUAAAAAAACACGAGAAAUUAUAAAGCAGCUAUUUGGCAUCGAAAAAGCAUCAGUUGAAGACUGUCAAAAGUUACGCUACAUUUGUGAGUGCGUUUCCCAGAGAGCUGCAAGUUUAGUCGGGGUUGGAUUAAGUGGACUGAUUAAUAAAAUCGAGGAACCUAAAGUAGUUGUUGGUGUUGAUGGAUCUGUUUAUCGUUUUCAUCCUAAGUUCGACGCCUAUAUGCGAGCUACAAUGAAGAAAUUGGUAAAGGAUAACGUAGAAUUUGACUUAAUGCUUUCGGAGGACGGUUCUGGCAGAGGUGCUGCACUUGUAGCUGCUGUGGCAAGUCGGGGAAACUAAGUGUUCUUAUGCGAAUUUAUAAUUUAGAUUUAUAGUAACAAGAGGAGGAAAUAAAGUAUUUACUUACAAUCAUC